AUGUGGAUUUACACGCUGCUGCUGGCUCUCACCGUUCUCUCCUGCUCAGAAAGCAGACGAAAUGCACUGCAGGACUACCAGAGGACAGAUGGGGUGCGUCUGGUGCUCGUGACCCCAAGCCCCUCCCACUUGACCAAAAGCAGGAAGGUCAGCUUGAUCAAGUGUGCUCGAACCUGCAGCCGCAACAAAAAGCUCCCAUUUACCUGCAGAGCAUUCCUCUAUGAUCACCAAAACAGGAAAUGCCAGUGGCUGUCUUUUGACCGCAACUCGCCCGUCGCCCACACGCAACACGACAUUAACACCCGCCUGUAUCAAAAGAAAGACUACAUUCGCGAGUGCAUCAUGGGUACUGGUCAGAGCUACAGGGGUCGAAGGUCGGUGACAGUCAGCGGGAUCCUGUGCCAAGCCUGGGCCUCUUCUAUUCCUCAUGAACACCAAUUCCUGUCCAAGCCUUUCGAUAAGAAGGACCUGAGGAAGAACUACUGCCGGAAUCCGGAUAACUCCACCGAUGGACCGUGGUGCUUUACCACCGACCCGCACCUCAGACACCAGGAGUGUGGAAUACCGCAGUGUUCCCAGGUGGAGUGUAUACAUUGCAACGGAGAGGACUACAGAGGACCCAUCGACCACACAGAAAGCGGCAAGGAAUGCCAACGCUGGGAUCUGGAGGAACCACACAAGCACCAGUACCAUCCCGACAGGUAUCCCGACAAGGGCCUGGACGAUAACUACUGCAGGAAUCCAGAUGGACGCCACAGGCCCUGGUGCUUCACCACGGAUCCAAAAACUAGCUGGGAGUACUGUAGCAUCAAAGUUUGCGAAUCCCCCCGGAAACGAACGGCGGUCGAAACACGCGACUGCUACCUGGACAAAGGAGAAGCCUACAGAGGGACGGUGGACACCACGCCAACAGGGCUCACCUGCCAACGCUGGGACUCUCAAUACCCCCAUAACCACUCUUUCAUCCCGGAGGCGUAUCCUUGCAAGGAAUUGCGAGAAAACUACUGCCGGAACCCCGACGGCCAAGAAUUCCCAUGGUGCUUCACGACGGACCCGAGAGUGCGCACCAUGUCCUGCACCAACAUCCCCCAGUGCGGCUUCCCAAACAAGCCUGACUGCUACGAAGGUUUCGGCGAGAAAUACCGAGGGGAGCAGUCAAGGACGAGAUCCAACCUGCUUUGCUCUCCCUGGGAGGAGCACAGCAACAGCGGCGAGAGGGGCGUGACGGUUGAAGGCCUGGAGAGGAACUACUGCAGAAACCCUGACAAGGACAAGCAUGGACCAUGGUGUUACACCAAUAAUUCUGCCAUACGUUGGGACUACUGCAAUGUGAAACCAUGUGACGCUACCCAGAGCACAGUUGCAGUCGGUGAGCUUUCCUCGGUGGGCUGUUUCGUCCAUAAAAGGACCCGAAUCGUCGGGGGAAGUCCGCUGAGCGUGUCGGCCGGCAGCUGGAUGGUCAGCAUACAAAAAGGAUCUUCGCACUGGUGUGGGGGUUCACUUAUAAGAGAAGAGUGGGUGCUCACGGAUAGACAGUGCUUCUCAUCAUGCGUUCCUGACCUGAGUGAGUAUCGGGUGUGGCUGGGUGUGUCCGAUAUCGCGUCGGGUGGGCCCGACGGAGCUACGAGACAGGAAAUCCGCAUCGCGCAGGUGAUAUGCGGACCCGAAGGUUCCAGUUUGGCGCUGCUGAGGCUUUCCAAACCUGCUCUUCCCGCAGACAACGUGCACACCAUUCAGCUGCCUGUGGACGGCUGCUCCAUUCCUGAAGGAACACUUUGUAAAAUGUAUGGAUGGGGAGAGACCAAAGGUACAGGCUACGACGGCAUCCUGAAAGCGGUCAACCUUCCCAUGGUGAGCAACGAAAAGUGCAGAGAGCAGCACAGGGGCAGCCUGCACAUCACCAACAGUAAAAUCUGCGCAGGAGGCCGCAGGAACGAAGGCGUGUGUGAGAGGGAUUACGGCGGCCCUUUGGUGUGUCAGGACGGCGAGCUCAAGGUCAUCAUCGGCGUCAGCGUCCACGGCCGAGGCUGCGCCCGCGCCAACCGCCCCGCCAUCUUCAUUAACGUGCCCUUCUACACCCAAUGGAUCUACAAAGUCUUCAGACAUUACCCCGAAUCGGAGCUUAGCGCCGAAUAA